GUGGACGAGAUAUCGCAGCGACAGAAGGUCACUCGACUCGGUGCCGGACUCGUUCCUUAUGUCCAGGGCAAAUUGUGGCAUUUGAACCUGUGACGUCUUCAAGUACCUCAAGUUGCCGCCACAUCUUGAUCAUCAACUAGCAGCAAUGUCACGAUCUCACCAGUCCUAUCGUAGCCUAGCUCACUCGGGGUUUUCCUUCUGUCAUCUUUCUGAUAGUGUCUUCUGUCAUUAUCAUACGACGUUCGGCCUUUCUGCAAGGCUUGAGUGAGUCUCCCCAUGGCUUUUGUCGCUGGUUUUGGGCGCGUCCCCCUGGUGCUUUCUGCUUAUAUCUUCGUGGACGAGAUAUCGCAGCGACAGAAGGCCACUCGACUCAGUGCCGGACUCGUUCCUUAUGUCCAGGGCAGAUUGUGGCAUUUGAACCUCAAUGUCACGAUCUCAGGCCAGUCCCAGCGUAGCCUAGCUCACUCGGGGUUUCCCUUCUGUCGUCUUUCUGAUAGUCUCUUCCGUCAUUAUCAUACCACGUUCGGCCUUUCUGCAAGGCUUGAGUCUCCCCAUGGCUUUUGUCGCUGGUUUUGGGCGCGUCCCCUGGUGCUUUCUGCUUAUAUAUUCGUGGACGAGAUAUCACAGCGACGACUUGGAAAGGCCACUCGACUCGGUGCCAGACUCGUUCACGGCAAAUUGCCUGGAGAUCUGAACAAGAUAGUGGACAUAGACAUAUUCACGAGGUUAGAGCCCGAAUACCUUGGACAACCUGCGCUGGACGAGAUGAAGGAACUUGGGCCGACUUUGAAUUUUAGAUUCUAUGGGGAGGACGAUAUCGUGACCACGGAGUCCCAACACAUAAAGACCAUAAAUGCUGUAUAUUUAACUCGGACGGUAAGCCAGAGAGCCUUAAUAGUGACCAUUACCUUCCUGGCAUAUCAAGAUGUCACAUUACCAUUUUCAUAUGAACACAUCGCUGUUUGUUCAAACACAAUUGGUAUAUCAGCAACCUUGUAAACAUGAGGAAGUAAUGAUUGUGGGAUAUUAAUCUCAAUGAAUGGCAUGCGUAUUCUAAACAGACCCGUAUACACAAAAUACCCUAAUAAC